AUGUGAUUCUAAAGAUAGAGUACUUCCAUAGUUCUAUAUAAGAAAUCUUGAGUUUUCAAAGAUUAAACAAAAAUUUAAAUCUACAUACUUUUCUCAGACAAUGUCAAGAUUUCAGGAUUUGUUAUGUUUUACGAUCCUUCUUGCAACCGUAACUUUCUUCAAUGUAGCUUUAGCUCACGUAAAAAUUAAACUUGCUUUACCACAGACCGGAGGUCCAAUAAGUGUGGGUGAUGUAGAGCCUUAUACUGUUAAGGUUGUGUCUACUUUCGUGGCCGACCUCGAAAAAGAAUGCGCCAAGACAAAGAAGGUUAGGCACUUCUUCGAAAAGGUUAAUGCAUUAUCCGAGUGUGUAUGCUCGGUCUCUAAAGUGAAGGAUCGUGAGUCUCACAUGAAGGCUAAGGCAGGUAGCCUUUUCCAGGCCAUAUCAGCUCUAGGUUCUGAUGAAAAUGGAUUUAAAGGAGGAAAGGUAAAUAAGCUACAAAAGGAGAAAACUGAAGCCAUGGAAACCGUCAAAAUGUUGCAAUCUAUUGGUGAGAAGAUUACCGGCGGGAAGAGUAACGGAACCUUAAAACUAACCACCAAACAACAAAAAGAAAUAAAAGACGGGAUAUUAGAAUGGCUUAAUGUAAUUAAUCGAAUCUCAAAGAAAGCAGAUGAAAUUAGCAUGAAAUCUUCAUCUAUAUCUGAAACAAAGAAAGAGAGCAAGGAAGAAAAAUCUGUAGGAACGCGAAUAUUGGCUGAAAAAAAAUCUUCCACAAAAAGUAAUAAAAAUUCUGACAAGGGGAGAGAUAAUAAGAAAAAGGGGAGCGAUAAUAAGAAAAACAAAAAAGGAGAAUCAAAGAAGAAGAAGCAUGGUGGUCAAGAAGGGCAUCAUGGCUCUGCUAAAUCUAAAGGAGGAAGUGAUGAUGAUAAAAGCAGCAAAAACAAAAGAAGAAGUAGUGAAAAUUCUGACAAGAAUCAUCAGACAAAGUAUGGUAAGGUAGAGAAAAAAAAAGGAGGUGUUGAGCAAUCUCGUAACAAAACAGCAGAGAGGUUGAGGGCUGAGGCGGCUGAUGAGUUGGACUAGAAGAAAGGAAAAUGAGGUCUUCUAUCUUUUUCAAAAAAUUUGUCGUUGAUUAAUAUUGAUGAGUGAAGGCUUUUUUUCAACGAAGAUGGAAGGCUUAGAAUAAAGAUAGGUCAUAUAAGUU